CAUAGUCGUAAACAAAAAAACUAUUUAUUAAUUACCUUUUCAUUUCUUGAAUAAGAUAGUCAUAGAAUUGAGUUUUAUUAAAGCUCUAACUAGCAAGAAGAUUGAUACUCUGACCCUCGAUCGAGGCCUCAAGCAAGUCUUUUUUUUCUAUUUUGUCCAACCUUAGUAUAGCUUUUACUAGAGUUGAAUGGGAUUGUGCCAAGUUUAUUACCUUAAUAUAGCUAAAUGCAGCGGCUGAAUUACGUCAAGUUUUGAAAUUUUAACCUUUUAUUUUGUAGGCUCAAAUUAUUAUUGUUAUUGUUAUUUUUUUUCUAGGGAAUCGUAUAGGUUAUUGAACCAUUGGCCGAAGAGGCAAUCCAUAAUCAUACCAAGAUGUGGCUAAGUGUAAUAAAAAAAAUCCCUUUAGAGAUGACAUUGCACGUUUACAUUCUUCGAUCUCAUUACUGGCAAGUUAAAAAAAAGAAACUUGUCAUGAAAAAGUCUGUCCAAUAAAGGACAUUCUUCCACCUACAUUUGUCAUUUCUUGGUAUCGUGAAGCUCAAGGUUCAUAUAGACAAGCGGAAACCUUAUUACAAAUGGAUAAAGGCGUAAUAUCAUAAACCCACAAUGUAUUUAAGAUUACAGCAAUGCCACUAGAUGAAUCCAUUUGACAACCAUCACCGACUAUCAUAAAAUUCCAUUACAGCUCUAAUGGUGUAUUUAUGGCACUAAUAUUGUCAUGAAAAAUUCCAUUGCAUCCAGGGUUCAUGAACAGCUAUGCGCGGGGUCUUUGUGCCUUCAGCUGUUCAGAAGACUACCUUGAUUGCAGAUCACAGUAAAGGAUUUUCUUCCAAGAAAAUCUUUGGAAUAUUUCGGUCAUUAGGUGUAUUUUGUGAACAGUAUAAGCUUGUGGCUCUCCAGCGUUUUUCCAGUGGCAGUGAUAGUCAGCCUGAUGAGAGGAUAUGUUAACGAGGUUCCUCUGAUGUUGUUCUUUUGAGAAAGCUUGAAGUUGCAUUGCAGGAUCAUCAAGUAGAUGAAGCUUAGAUAACUUCUAUUGACUUCAAGAAUCAAUAUGGCUUUCCUGUGGGUUCCUAGGUCAGUAGGUUAAUUUCUCUAGUUUCCUACUCAUCUGACUCUCACUGGUUAUAAGAAGCAUGUGAUCUGGUCUUCCUAACAUUGAAAGGAAAAACGGAUUUGACAGUUCCAGUCCUGACAAAGAUCCCACUCUCCUUAGCUAGAGCUCAUAUGCCUGUUCCUACCUCUAUGAUUCUAAGGGUACUAGAGAGGGAGAAUAUGCCCCCGUUGCAUAUAUUAUGGUCAGUGGUUUCACAUACGGUGAAGAUGGAGAUUGGGACAUGUCUGGCGUCAAAUUUCUUGGUUCAGAUGUGAGAUGGUUUUCUACCUUUAAGUUCUAAAAGAAGCGUUCAUGCUAAAGUGGUAAAACCUGAUGCAAUGGCAUUCAAUCUAGUUCUUGAUGCUUGUGUGAGGUUCAAAUCAUCUCUGAAAGGCCAAGAAAUAGUUGAUUUGAUGUCACAAACAGGUGUUAUUGACAACGCACACUCCAUUAUUGUUGCCCAGAUCCAUGAAAUGAAUGGGCAGAGGGAUGGGAUCAAGAAAUUGAAGGAUAAAGUUGAAAGAGUGUGUUUUGAUGACAUUGACUCUGCUGCAGAGCUCAUUUUAGAUAUGCAUAAACAAGAGCUUGUAAUAUUUUGGAGUGGAGAACUUCUCCUUAGUAACAGAGCCCUGGCAAAGCUUGUCAAUGGAUACAGAAAACAUGGGAGAACUUCUGAGCUUUCAAAGCUUCUACUUUGCAUUCAACAGGACUUUCAUGCAUUCGGCCAGUCCAGUUUAUGUUCUGAUGUUAUUGAUUCUUGCAUUCACUUAGGUUGGCUGGAAAUGGCUCAUGACAUCUUGAACGACAUGGAUGCAGCUGGGGAUCUCACAGGCUUUACCCAACAUAUGGCACUCUUAACUGCAUAUUACAGCAGAGAGAUGUUCAAAGAAGCCAAGGCACGCUAUGAUAAAUGAGGAAAGCUGGUUUUGUUAUAAAUUUGUCUGAUGAGAUUGUUGCCACUGCUUAGUCUUUCAGAAGCAGCAAAUAACGCAUCAUCUUCCUCUAGUAAAUCAGAUCUGAUCGACUUUUUAGUUCGAGAAAUGAGAGAGGAAGAAGGCUAUUCCUUCUGGGGUAUCAAGAGCAACACUGGUAGCAAGGACUUCGAGGGGAGUAGGGAUCUCUAUGAGGUUUUGCCACUGGAUUUUAUCCGAGGAGCUUAUUUUGAGAGAGCAAUGGAGGUCAGUGGUUAUAUGGAAGAGUGUAAUAUGUAUCGUGACAAGUGGAUGUAUAAAGAUGACUUCUUGAAGCUUCAUAAGAAUCUAUGUUGGAGUUUAAAAGCAUCGGAGGCAAGCACUGAGGCUCAAAGAAAGAGCCUUGAGUGUGUCAAGGCAUUCAGGAAGUGGGUUGGAAUUGAUUGAUAUCUACCUCAAGUUUUCAAGUGCUUAGGGCAUCUGAAAACCAAUGCCCUUGGUUGGCCUUACAAAGCUGAAGCUUUUUCUUGCAACAGUUUUGAUCCAUAGUAGCUGAAUGUGAAUGCCUCGGCAUAAAUUGUGGCAGUGCAAGGGAAUUCUGGGUCAGAUGGACCUGAUGUUUUAUA